AUGUGCUUGGCUCCAACCCCCAACCCUCUCGACCCACUUCUCCUCUCUCCACCUUCUCUUCUACACCCGGCUAUCCGGCUAUCCAAAAGCAUGGUUCGGCCCCACCUCUCGCUUUCUAACCUCGUCAUCGUCCUCCUCGCGCUUCACGUCCUCUCCGCCCGCGCUUUGCGCUUCCACUUAGAGGACCGCGAGAAGCGCUGCUUCACCUUUUCCGCCUCGCACUCCAUCCCCAUCCGCGGCUCCGUCUCCGUCCUCAACGGCGUCGGCGAGGCCCGCCUCGCCCUCACUAUCCGCGACUCAACCGCCCGUACGGUCUUUGAGGCCGUCCGCGGGAAUAAGGAUACGGGCUCAAAGUUUUCCUUUAAAGUCCCGUACGGCGGCGCCGCGGGUCGCGAAGAUGCCUACGGGUACGACGAAGAGGACUUCGACGCCCCCACAACCUUCUCCGCCUGCUUACUGCUCACCUUUGACGAUGCUGUGCACCGUCCAGGCGUGAAGAGGGCCGUGCAGUUUGCUAUUGAUCCCCAGAUCGAAGGGGGGACUACAGUGGAGGACGUGCCCGCCAACGAAGUGGGGGUCGUGGCCGUGGCGAAACGCAUGCAGCUGAUGGAGCGCAUAAUGACGGGAUUGGCCGCUGAUCUUAUCGCCUUGCAGCAGAGGGAGCGACGUCUUGUUGCAAGGACAGAGGCUACGGGGGGGAGAUUGCUUAUUCUGUCGGUUGUGUCGUACAUCAUUCUCGUGGCGGUGGCUACAUUGCAGAUCUCCCACAUCAAGACUUUUUUUAAAUCGAAGAAGCUCUUGUGAUCCUGGAAGAUGCGAUAUCCACUUCACCAUUAGGAGAGCGUGUGGUGCGUGGGCCUACCACUGACUCUAACGACCUAUUAUAAAUAUAUCUUGGUGCUGUUCA